AUGAGGUCCUCCUGGAUAUUUGUGAUCCAUGUGCUGUGUCUGAGUGGCCACCAGUGCGCACCGACGAAGCAGGAGGAGAUGAAUCUCCGGGACAACCUCAAGCAAUUAUCUGAAGUUGGAGAGAAGUAUGUAGAUGAAGAGGUAAAGAAAGCUUUGAUUGGUAUUAAGCAGAUGAAAAUUAUGAUGGAAAGAAACGAAGAUAAGCACAUAGAUCUGAUGAAAACCUUGAAGAAGAGCAGUGAAGAAAAACAGCAAGCCUUGCGACUUAUGGAUGAAGUAAAGGCAAGACUGGAAGAAGAGGAAAGACAAUGCCAAGUAUCCUUGAAAAAUCUAUGGGAGGAAUGUGAAUCUUGUUUAGAAAGUACCUGCAUGAGAUAUUAUACCACUUGCAAACGUGGUGUGUCAACCUUUAAGAGAAAGGUUGAAGAUUUUUUGAGGAAAAUACCUCCACUCAUAUUUACUUUUCAUGAGGAGCAAGGAAGAGACAUCCAAUCUAAUGAAAAGCCUGAGAAAGAGGACACCCAGCUAGUAAAGAUGGAAGAUUUAUUUAGCCAGCUUUUAUCGGAUGUGGGCUCAAUAUUUGACAGAAGUUUCAUUUUUUUCAAGCACAUGCAAAAAGAAUUUGACCAGUCUUUUCAGACUUAUUUCAUGUCUGACCUGGAGAUGAGUGAGUCCCCCAGUAUGCCAGCUUUACCUGAGGUCACCACCAGAAUUGAAGGCUCCCAGAGAGGCUGGGGCGUGCCUGGCUUCUUGCAGACAGUUUUUGAUUUCAGCAGGACAGUGUUCGAAGGUGUCAGCGAGGUGAUCACUGAUGUGUUUGAUGAAUACCGAGAUUACAGAAGAGAUGUGCCAGAACAAACCAAAGAUCCUGAAAGAAGCGGCAUGUUUUCAAAAAUUGUGUCAGGGCGCCAGAGACUUCAGUGCAGGGAGCUCCGGGAGAACUCCUCCGGAUGCCCGCAGUUCCAUGAGAGAUGCCAGAAAUGUCAAGACAAUCUCUUGCAUGAUUGCCCAAACGUUCCAGAGCUGCACAUAAAGUUUGAUGAAGCCUUUAAGCUGGUUAAUCUCUCAGGGGAGCAGUACGAGCAGAUUCUCCAGGUCGUUCGGCAUCACACGGAAGACACUUCCUACUUGCUGAACAAAAUGAAAGAAAGGUUUGGGUGGGUGUCUGAGCUGUCCAACAUGACCAUUGGACCAGAAAACAUUUUCAACGUAGUUAAGGUGGUACCUGGGGAUCCCUCCAGUAAAGACGAAACUGUGGUAGAUGUGAAUGUUCUGACUUCACCUACUUUCACCAUUAAAGUUCCUCCCAACUUAGAUCCCAAGAGUCCUGAGUUCAUCGAAUACAUAGCUGGGAAAGCACUCCAAUUGUAUAAGCAGAAUUUUUAA